AUGCUGGAAUGGAUUAGGGAACAAAUUCUUGUUCACCUCCCCAACCCUUUGAUGAGCUCGACAGUCUUCUCUAAAAUCGGUAAGCACGUGACCAUACUUUCUUGCCGUCAAUCGCGACAUUUUUUGUCUCUCUCACACGAUUGCCCUACGGAAGAAAUGACCAACUUCAUUUUGUCUCAUCUUAUAUUUUUUAUAUUUUUCUCUCAGCUGUUCUUUCUUUUCAACAUUACUAAAAUCUUAUUCGACUUCGUCUUCUCUCACGACUUUUGUCUCAUCCUCUUCUCGCAUCUCUUAUUUAUAUUCUUAUUGUCUCAACAUUUUUUCUCUUCACCAAUUUUCACCACUCAUUUCUAUUUAUUUUCCCGCCUUUUAUUCCUCUUCCUCUUGUAUCACCGCCAUUUUAUUCUUCCUCUUCUAUCACCUUUAUCUCUUAUUCUUUUGUGUUUAGUUUCUUAUCUAUGGCCUUUCAUUUCUUUUACUAUUUUCUCUUUCUCUUAUUUCUGUUACUGUUAUCUAAUUUCUUAUUUUUUGUUGUUAACUUCAUUACUCUUCAUCCUUUUUCUUCUUUUAUUCUUCUUCCUCUCCACUCACUUCUUAUUUCUCUUUCACUUCUCUCAUCACUUAUUCAUCUUCCUAUUGUCACAAAUUCAUUACUUUUCAUUCUUCUUCUUCUUCUUCUUCUUCUUCUUCUUCUUCUUCUUCUUCUUCUUCUUCUUCUUCUUCUUCUCCACUCGCCACUUAUUUCUCUUCCAUUUCUCUCAUCACUUAUUUUUCUUUGUAUUGUCACAACUUCAUUACACUUCAUAUUUUUCUUCUUCUUCUUCUCUUCUUCCUUUCUACCUGUUUCUUAUUUCCCUUUCUCUUCUCUCAUCUCUUAUUUAUCGUCGUAUUGUCACAGCUUCAUUACUCUCCAUCCUUUUUUUUUCUAUUAUUCCCUUCCCUUAUAUCUAUUCUUUUUCACUCAAAUCUAGAUUCUUAUUGUCGGAUAAGACAAUUUUCUUUUCCUAUUUUAUCUCCAUUCAUUUUUCAACUUACAAGCUUACCUCUGUUUUAUCUCUUUCUUCUCUCAAUUCAAAUUUCAUAACAUCUUCUCUCACGUUUUUUCCUCUUCCUAUUUACCACUUAAUUCUCUUACGAUUACCUCACCUAAUUCUUUCGCUUCUUAUUUCUUUCCUUCUCUUCACAACAUUUAUUUCUCUUCCAUUUCUCUCAUCACUUAUUUAUCUUUGUAUUGUCACAACUUCAUUACUCUUCAUAUGUUUCCUUCUUCUUCUCUUCUUCCUUUCUACCUGUUUCUUAUUUUUCUUUCUCUUCUCUUAUUUAUCUUCUUAUUUUCACAUUUCUUUUACUCUUCAUCCUUUACCUUCUCUUAUUUUUCAUCGUCUCCCCUUUAAUUUCUCUUCAUUUUGUCUCACUCCUUAUUUCUCUUCUAAUUCUUUCACGUCUUAUUUUUGUGCUCAUUGUCACAAAUUUAAUUCUCAUCCUCUUGCCUCACCUUUAAUUUCUCCGUCUCUUCUCUAUCUAUCUUUUUCUUUUCUAACUUCUUAUUUAUCUGGUAUAUUUUCAUUCUUAUUGUCUUAUCUCUUAAUUCAAUCCCAAUCUUCUCACCCCUUUUCUUAUCUCUCAUUUCUCCCAUCUUAUAUUUUUUCCUAUUUUCUUACCUCUUAUAUGACUUCUUAUUGCCUCGCCUCGUACGUUUAUUCUUACUUUCUCAGUUUUAUUUCUCGUCCUCUUUUUAACCACUUAUUCCUCUUCUCUUUUCUCUUAUUUCUUUCCUCAUCUCAUGCCUCUUAUUCAUUUUCCUAUUUUCUCUCCUUUUCUUUCUCUUCCUCUUGUCUCAUGUUUAUCUCAUUUCGUCUUCUCUCACAGGAAUUGAAACUCAGAUGA